AUGAACGAUCUCUCGAGGGUCUUUGUCUUCAAGAUCCUAGCAACGGUCGUCUUUUGGUGUUUCCCUCUGAUUCUACUUCCUCCAGUCGCGUUGGAAACACUCGGCUUUCCCAAGCAGGAGUCUUACAUCUUCGUCCGGUUGCUCGGCUGGGCCUAUCUAUCUCUCUGUGUCGGAUAUUACCACGGGUUACCUGCAUCACUCGACAAUAGACGCUCCAUCGGCCCGAUCCAUGUUGGCAUUGUCAGCAACGGGGGCGCUUCAGCAUUGCUGCUCUGGUAUGGAUUCCAUGAUGCAUGGUCCAGCUGGGGCGCCUUUGCACGGCUCGUCAUGUGGUCGUCCGCUGCAGUCACCGCUCUCAUCACCGUGGGCUUAUAUAUCCACGGCGUACAAGGCAAGCUUCCUAAAGCAGAGUGA